AUGGCGCUGCCGUCUGCGUGGAGCGUGAUGCGCGUGGCCAUCCCCUUCCUCUCGGUGCUCGGCCUGCUCAGCGUGAGGCCUGCUGGGGCCAGCCAGGACGCAGGGAGCGUCAUUCCAGCCGAAAGUCGUCCCUGUGUCGACUGCCAUGCGUUUGAGUUCAUGCAGAGGGCGUUGCAGGAUUUGAAGAAGACGGCGUAUAAUCUAGACACACGGACAGAAACCCUCCUCCUGAGAGCAGAAAAGAGAGGCCUCUGUGACUGCUUUCCUGCAAUAUACUGAAAUGAACACGGGGAUUUGGCCAAUGGACACUCACUCAUUUUUAAAGUUCUGCUCAAUAAAUUAAAGGAAGAUCUAGCAGGCAAGUUGUGCCACACCACAAGGAAACCAGGUUUUAUCCAAACAGGUACAGCUCAGUUAGACCGUUCCUGCUUUGAUGUGUUUUGCCAUUCCUCUAUGUGAUAUUGCAUCUACUGAAAUGUCAAAAGAAGAAACAGCACGACUGUCGUGCUCAUGGGUUUUAUGUAAGGACAGCAUGUCACUUUUCUCAUAUUUCAAGCCAAAUAUUGUCCGGAGACUCUCAGGGCAGAUCCUCAGCACAUGUAAAUUGCCAUAGAUCUGAGAAAAUCCAUGGAGUGUCAUCAUUUCAUACCAGCCAAGAGAAGGUAUCUAAGGAUAUAUUUUUUAAUAAUUCUUUGAUAUAUUUAAUGUCAGAAUGUGGCCCUAACAUAAAAUGAAAGGUAUUUUGCAAUGAUGCGUAGCUGAAAAGUUACUUAAAAGCAGUCUUGUUUUUAUAUAGAAGUUAAUAGUUGUCAUCGACUGCUUGGCAGUUUGAGGAAGGUAUUUGUCCAAAAUUGUA